AACGUCCUCACCGCGCACGAGGGCGUGCGUGACGCGGCGGUGGUGGGCAUCGAGCACGACGAGGACCAGGAGCACCCGGUGGGCUUCGUCGUGAGGCAGGACGGGCACGACGUCACCGCGGAGCAGCUACACCAGUUCCUCAAAGGCCAACUACCCGAGUAUAAGCUACUUCACGGAGGAAUACAUUUCAUCAACGAAAUACCGCGCAACGCAAAUGAGAAAAUUAAACGGCGGGAGCUUAGAGUCCUGGCCAGAAAACUUCGCAAUGAAAAGUCACAGUGA